CUCACUUUUUAUAGACACAUGUCCCUAAUUGUAAAAUGGGGGAAACAAAUUCAAACAAAUAUUAGAUUUAAACGACACAAUCCUUGCAGAUGGUUCUGGCCCCAUAUAAUAUUUCAAGUCUAAAGUUGCCAGCUUUUGUGAUGAGCUAUAACCUUAACCCUGUAUAACCACUUUUUUUUAAGAGGGGAAAGGCGCGAAGGUUAUGUUGGGCUCUCUCCCGAUAAGCGGGAGCCUACCAACUAAUACCCCACUGUCUCCAUCGUUUCACCGAACACCAGGGCGUGGGCACACUAAAAGUAUUCAUCACACUCCGAGGUGGUGAUUGGCUGUUAAGCCUCCUCGGAUGUUAAAUCUAUUUUGCGCGGGGAACCAGCGCCCCCUUUUCUACUCUAUUUGAGUAGCGAGUUUCCCCUUGAUGAGUCAACCCAGAAUAACCACUGGGCAAUGACACGCCCGUUUUUGUCUAUGGAAUGUCUAUACUAUUUUUUUUUUUUGAUAAAUAAGCUUGGAUGCAUCUACUAAUUGCUGCAAGAAAUUAAUCACAAGGUUAUAUACCGCAUCAAAACUUUCGCACAAAAAACAUUGUUUUAUAAUUAAAAGAGAACUUGUGUGCAAUGUUUUUUGUACGAGUGCAUCAGCAGCGGAAACUCGCUGUUGUAUAGAAGAUUAGUAAAGCAUAAAACUAUAGGGAAAACAAUUGAACUAAGUUACUUUUUAAAAAAGACAACUUUUUAUCGUACUGUACAGUAAAUGGAGCAUUUUAGUUCUUUUGCUACAGGUUAAGAAAGCGUCUUAUAUUUACAAACAUUGCUCUUAUCGACCACAAAAGUAUCAACAUCCUUUAUGCUUUCAAACAUGUACCUGAGAGCGAAUUAGAUUUUUAUGCAUCAAAUCAGACCUAUUCUCGAAAAUGAGACGUUCAGUGGUAACCUUUGCUUGCCUGCUCCAGUGCGCCAUAUCUGUUAAAGUCAAAGUAGUCCUACAUUCUGAUCAGGAAGACUCUAGGGUGGAAGACGAAGAAUCACACACAGAAGCGUGGGGCACAAAAAGACGGGAAGGAACCCUCUUACCGUUCAUCAAAAACUCACAUCGUGUAGAUGAAAAGCCAGAAUAUGACGAUGUCACUACGACAGAAAAAUCAUCCAGACAGAUGCAUCCCAACGAAAUGAUAUUUCCCUUAAUCUAUCGCCAGUCUCAUAUAAACAGCAUGUUUAAAUUCGGAGAAAAUUGGUACACUUGGUCAACUGAGAAGAGAUCAGACGGUUCGAAGGCGACAAACUACUAUAUUUGCUACGAUGAACCGAAACAUUGCGAUGAAGUAGGAUGGGAACGGACUGAUGGUGUGCCGAAAUGCGCAUUCGAAAUUGAUUCAUUAUUACCAGAAGAUCGAGCUUGCAUUAAUAGUUUUGGUAUAGAGCCGCAUGGCAAUGGUAUUUGUGACGGCGGAGAACAAAUGAAGGUAAGUGAUAUGGUGAGGUCGUGUGGUCCGCGCAUUCGAUCACUAUGGAGAUUCAUCCGCGUGGCCCGACGCCCAGCUAACGCAGCGAAGCCAGCCGAUGUCAAUUCCCUUAUUUGCGAAGACGAAGAAGAGUGUUAUAUUACUAUCGAAUAUCGGAUACAUCAUGAUAGGAUAACAUUUUCGUUACACGAACCGACACGAGGCCAAACAUUCAAAAGCGCUUUAAAACGAGAAAUAUCAGUUGAUGAGGAAAACAAAGGUAUGUCAAUGACGGAGUCUCACCCGCACACAUCUCACAGGGGUAAGAAGGUAUCCAAAGUAAGGGAUGAUGAAACUGGUCAAAGAGUAAAGAAAUUCCAUACAAGAUCUAAAUCUAAACAAUCAGAAGGCAAGGGCUUAGUCAAGGAACACAAUGAUUCUACAUACACGAAUCGGAGAUCUGUUAAAAACAAAAUCAAAAUACGAGAAGACAUAUCUGAAGAUUUGUCGGAAUGAUUGAAUUUUUAAAUACAUAAUCCUUUGAUUUGUGCAAUGACAUUGUCGCGUGCGAAUACAAGCGAUUAAAAUACAGAUCUACGUAUCUAUUUAUAAGUAUUUUUGUAAACUAAAAUUACGGGGCCCAAUUUUGUUAACGCAAUCGUGUCUUUGUAAACAUCAAAGUGAUUUCUCAAUAUAUCUUAAGAUAAACGUCAACUUUUAAAUCUAAUGAUACAUAGAAAUGGUAUCCAGAAUAAGCAGAAUUGGGACCCUAACUUAGAUCGUUAUUUAUGGAUGUAAAUAAAAGUAAUAUACGUUGAUUGCUAAAUAAUUAGAUACAUAAAUACAUUUAUUUUAUAAUUAUAUUGAAGUUUUUAUAAGACUUCAUAGACACCAAUGACAUUUAUAAUUAUUAAUAGAGUCAUAAGUAACGUAAUUUCACAGAUAUUUAGAUAUUAAAUUUGUUCUCAAUAAAUUGAAUAAAAAAUAACAGUUACAUAUAACCCAUCUUCCUGCUCCUUACUCUUUCUUCAGAAUUACAAUCUUACAAAAAACCAGUUAGAAAACAUUACAAACACAAUAUACAAAAAGAAAAAAA